AUGCCUGCACCAACCUCCAUGAACGGGAUCAUGGUCGAUGGCUCAGGGACCAUCAAUCCAGCAGCGUUGAACUCCUCCGGCAACUCGCUCCCACCCUCAUCAUCAUCAUCAUCAUCACUACACCCACAGCAAAGCCUUCGAGGGCAGAAGAGAAGCCGUUCACCUGAUCGUGAUGAUGGCGGAGGAUUAGGUGGUGAAGAUGAGAGAGCCGGAGCUAAUUUCGUUCUCAUCCCAGAUGACCAAAAGGCAAAGAAAAGGGGCAGAUCUUCCGGCGGAGGGUUGGCCAACGAGUCGCUGUCUCGCACAGCCAAAAAAGAGCCGGAGACAUUACCGCCGUUCCAGACACCGCAACAGCCGCCUACGCUGCUACCCCAAGAUCCUCACACUUCUCCCACGCAAACCUCACCAACUAAAGCAUCGACUACGAAGCAGCCCGUCAUAAAGGCGCUACCCACUGUUCGAGAUCAUACCACGGACCAACUAACCCCCGAAGGCGACGAGUACAUUCCAAGAGAAUAUGAUCCUGAAGGAGAGAAGAAGGUCACGAUAACGGGCCAUUCCCUCGAUGGUCGUGAAUAUAAGAUGAGAACUUUCUACGUUCCCAAUCGUGGAGAAAAACUAUUCAUGCUAGCGACGGAAUGCGCCAGAGUUUUGGGUUAUCGUGACUCGUAUCUCCUUUUCAACAAAAAUAGGUCUCUACACAAGAUAAUCGCAACACAAGCGGAGAAGGACGAGCUCAUUCAUCAAGAGAUUCUACCCUAUUCGUACAGAUCUCGUCAGAUUGCCAUAGUAACUGCGAAAUCGAUGUUUCGGCAAUUUGGCGCACGGGUAAUACAGAACGGCCGGAGGGUAAGGGACGAUUACUGGGAAGCAAAGGCUCGAAAGCAAGGUUUUACCGAGGAGGAUAUGGCAGGGGACAAACGCCCAGGUACAGGCAAGGCAAGGGAUGCUGCAGCUUUGGAGGUUGCUCAUCACGAUCAAUCCGGAGCGAUUGCGAACCAAGACAUAAAUUAUCGAGACGUACAGUUACCGCCUGACCUUGGUGGGCCACUACCGCCACCCAAUCACAACGCUCCGAUUCCAAUGAUUCAGACGGACGUGGGUAGGGAGUAUGGCAGUAUUCCGCGCGUGAGACAGGACAUAAGUGGCACACCAUAUCAAGACAGAACGCAGGCAAGCCCUGCGGGGGACAUUCUGCAUCAAGCAAGCAAUGCAGCAGAGCUUAACAAAAGCAUCACCCAGCAACGGAAUUACAGGAAUAAGAAUUACAUCGACACUUGGAACAGGAAGAUUGACCAGCCAGUAUCUGCGAACCCGCAAAAGGUUGAUCAGAGCCCUUCGAUGACUCAGUCUCCGCACUUAUCCUCGAACCCACUUGGAAACCAGCCACACCAGCAAUCCAUGAUACAUCAUCAACCAGGGUCGCAAAUAGUGUCUCCACAGCGGUAUCAGCAACCACAACAUCAACAGCAGCCACAGCAUCAAGCCCAUUCCCAGAACGUUCACACUCAAUCUCCUGUGCGUCAGAACAUGCCUCCGUCCAUGCGACCUGAUAUUCAUCACCCUCAGCGCUCGUCAGUGUAUAACCCAAGCCAACAAGGAGCUCCGCAAGCCUCUGCAUAUGGCAAUUAUCCACAGCCAGGGUCGCAAUUGUGGGGUCCUCCGCCGACCAACCCUCAAGCGCAUGGCCAACCCCAUCAGUCCCCAGUCACCUCGCAACAUCCGUCAUUGUCACACCACUACUCACCCUCUCCCCAUCAGCAGCAAAUACAGCAACCCGGACAAUCCCCGCACCACCACUCGCCACACACGCCGUCGCAAUUGCAUCACAGUAGCUCGCAAGGCAACCUUUACAACGCCAUGGGUGGAAUGCCAGCUGGCAAUACUGUGUAUGGAGCAAUGGGUCAGCAUAGGAAUGCAUACAACCCUCAGACGGCUCCUCGACAGAUGGGCAGUCCUAAUCCGCAGCAGCAAGCCUUCUUACAGCAGAGUACAGCAGCACAGCAGGCGAGCAUGCAGGGGUGGGUACCACCACCUAUGGGUACGAGCAGUCAGGGCUGGGGUGGGUACCCUGCCAGCACUGGAUUCUCAUGA